CCCGCGCCUCCUCCCCGCGGCCCCCCGGGCUCCGCACCGCCGUCGAGAUGGAUGACUCCGGGGAAGACAUAGACCAAAUGUUCAGCACUUUGCUGGGGGAGAUGGAUCUUCUGACCCAGAGUUUGGGAGUGGACACUCUCCCUCCUCCUGAACCUAAACCAGCCAGCGCUGAAUUUAACUACACUGUGGGCUUCAAAGAUUUAAAUGAAUCCCUCAAUGCACUCGAAGACCAAGAUUUAGAUGCACUCAUGGCAGAUCUGGUGGCAGACAUAAGAGAGGCUGAGCAGAAGACUAUCCAGGCACAGAAAGAGACUGCUCAGCAUCAGCACCCCUCAGCGCCUCUGGAGGCCUCCAGUUAUGGCGGCGCUGCCUCUGCUGAUUAUGGAAUGCCCACUGCGAGGACUGUUAGCCAGUAUGAAAAUGAUCUGCCACCCCCACCGGCUGACCCCAUGUUGGACCUGCCACCACCUCCGCCACCUCCUGAACCUCUUUCUCCGGAAGAAGAAGAAGCCCAAUCCAAAGCUGAUAAAAUUAAGCUGGCAUUGGAAAAACUGAAGGAAGCCAAGGUUAAGAAGCUCGUGGUCAAGGUGCACAUGCAUGAUAAUAGCACAAAGUCACUGAUGGUAGAUGAGCGACAGUUGGCCCGAGAUGUUCUGGACAAUCUUUUUGAAAAAACUCAUUGUGACUACAAUAUAGAUUGGUGUCUUUAUGAAAUAUACCCAGAAUUACAAAUUGAGAGGUUUUUGGAAGACCAUGAAAAUGUUGUGGAAGUCUUAUCCGAUUGGACAAGAGACACAGAAAAUAAAGUGCUAUUUCUGGAGAAGGAGGAAAAAUACGAUGUAUUUAAAAAUCCCCAGAAUUUCUACUUGGAUAACAAAGGAAAAAAAGAAGGCAAGGAAACCAGCGAGAAAAUUAAUGCUAAGAACAAGGAGUCUUUACUUGAGGAAAGUUUCUGCGGAACAUCCAUCAUUGUCCCCGAACUUGAAGGAGCUCUUUAUUUGAAAGAAGAUGGAAAGAAAUCCUGGAAAAGACGCUAUUUUCUUUUACGGGCUUCUGGGAUAUAUUACGUACCCAAAGGAAAGACUAAGACAUCCCGAGAUCUAGCAUGUUUUAUACAGUUUGCAAAUGUCAACAUUUACUAUGGGAGUCAGUGUAAAAUGAAAUACAAAGCACCCACCGACCACUGCUUUGUUUUAAAGCAUCCUCAAAUUCAGAAGGAGUCUCAGUAUAUUAAGUAUCUCUGCUGCGAUGAUGCAAGAACUCUCAACCAAUGGGUCAUGGGAAUAAGGAUCGCCAAGUAUGGAAGGACUCUCUACGACAACUAUCAGCUAGCUAUGGCAAGGGCUGGACUGGCCUCACGGUGGACAAAACUGGGAACAAACACAGCUAAACCAGCUCAGCGGGCUCCAGGCCCCAGCCAGCCAAAUGGUGGGAUCCCCCAGGCCACAGCUUCUAUCAGUACUGUCCACCAAGAGGCCCAGAGAUCUGUCGAAACAACUAAGGACAAGAAGCCAGCCCCGAGCAGCCACGACCCAGGCCCUCCCCAGGGCGGUCACCUGCGGAAGUCCGUCCUGCCUCCGCCCCCUCCGAUCCGCCGGUCCUCGGACACGGGCGGCAGCCCCUCGCUGCCCCCCAAAGCCCCGGGCGGCGCCCCCCCCGCCGCGCCCGACGCCGGGCUGCCGCCGCCCCCGCCGCCGCCGCCGUCGCCGCCGCCCCCGGCCGACCUGGAGCUCCCGCCGCCGCCCCCCGAUUUCAUCGAGGCGCCCCCGGACUUCGUGCCCCCGCCGCCGCCGUCGCUGGCGGGCCCCGACGGCUCGGCCCUGCCGCCGCCGCCGCCGCCGCCGCCGCCCGGCCACGCCCCGCAGCCCCCCAGGCCGUCCCCCGCGGUGGCUAAGAGACCUCCCGCGCCCCCCAAAAGACAGGAGAACCCCAGAGCCCCCGGCGCGGCGGCGGCGGCGAGCGGGGAGCAGGAUUUCAUGUCCGAUCUGAUGAAAGCCUUGCAGAAGAAGAGGGGUCACCUGCCCUAGGGGGGGCGGGGA